ACAACUGCUUAAAUAAACCAGCGAAGAAGAUGGUAAUCUACGUCAUAGUGACGUAGUGCGUAUGAGGAAGUGGAUUGACAACACGUUAGCUGAAAGCGCCGAGCACAACGUUAGCUUACGUCGUUUUUGAAGAAUUCUGGCGGUGUCUUGUGCGCAAAACGGGCGUAAGCGUUAAACAACAACACUGUGCGGAACCUCCGCUGACAUUUACGUGCAGUUAUUCACGCAGUGGAUGGUGGAGCGACCCGGGACCGCGAGCAAAGCUGCAGCCGGGAUGGAAGACAUGUGCGCCGGCUACCACACUCCCGUGUACUCCCACGCCGGACGGGGACCCUUCCGGGAUGUCUACGAGCCCGCGGAGGACUCGUUCCUUCUGAUGGACGCGCUGGAGAAAGACGCGCGGCGGCUGCAGGCGAUCAGCCCGGCCGUGUGUGUGGAGGUCGGCAGCGGCUCCGGAGCGGUGUCCGCCUUCCUGGCGUCGGUGGUCGGACCUUCAGCGGUACACAUUUGCACUGAUGUGAAUCCCGCAGCAGCGCAGUGCACAGAGAAGACGGCCUCCUGCAACAGUGUUUCACUCCAACCCGUCAUAACAGACCUGGUGGAGUGUCUUCUUCCCCGGCUGAGUGGCAAAGUGGACGUCCUCCUCUUCAAUCCUCCCUACGUGGUGACGCCAUCAGAGGAGGUGGGGAGCAGGGGUAUCGAGGCCGCCUGGGCGGGUGGGACGCGAGGACGAGAAGUGACGGACAGAUUUCUCCCCCUGGUGACGGAGCUGCUGUCCGCCACAGGGUUGUUUUACCUCAUCACCAUCGCUGAGAACGAGCCAGAGGACAUCAUCCGCCUCCUGGGGACACGGGGCUUGGAGGGAGAGUCGUGCUUGUCCACAAGAGCUGGAAACGAGAGGCUGUCAGUGCUUCGCUUCCACAGGAGACAAACGUGAGAGGAGGGAUCCUGAGCUGUCAGAGAAGACACUGGACGGAUUGAGACUCUGGGAUUUGACCAUUCAACCGUCCACAUUCAGACCGAGUGGAAGGAGCCUCGGCUGUAAACAUGCUGACUUGACAUCUGUAUUUGACACUGUAACAGACACUUUAAUAAUGACGGACAAGAAUUCAUUACACCGACAGCAGUACAAACUGAUUCCAGUGCAGGCGUUAUUACAAUCGUAACAUUUUUUAAAAGAUGAUAUUGGAAUGUCAUUUCCAUUUCAAGUACGAUGCUUCUUUACACUCGAAGUUGAAAUGCUACUGAAAUCUCAACAAAGGACAGUUUGAAGUAGAGGGGGGG